AGGAAAUCUAGGUUUAACAAAUUACAAAAGGUCUUUAGAGGUUUUUCUGUGAAACAGGCUGUGUGUUUCUCUAAGAUUGAUUCAAGUCAAGUAACAAAAAUGCCGACGGUCGGUGUAAACGCCGAGCUACUCUUUACGGCAUUAGGCCGGCGUUAUAGUGAAAAAGAGUUUGCAGAUCUUUGCUUCGACUACGGGCUCGAACUAGAUGAGGUAACCUCUGCGAAGAGAUUAUUGGCCAAGGAGAGGGGUGAAGCUGCCGCUGGAGAUGUAGAUGUCUCGGACGAUACCAUAUAUAAAAUUGACGUCCCGGCCAACCGAUAUGACUUGUUGUGCCUUGAGGGAUUGGUAAGAUCUCUGUUAAUUUUCCAAGGUAAGAUUUGCAUACCUCGAUAUGAGCUGAUCACCCUUGCUGCUCCGCUCGAUGUUGUGAUCACAGAGAAUACGAAGCUAAUUCGUCCAUUCUUCAUCGGUGCCGUCCUUCGAAAUAUUACAUUUACGAAGGGGGUUUACGACUCUUUCAUCGAUUUACAGGACAAGUUACACCAUAAUAUUGGACGCAAAAGACAACUGGUUUCUAUCGGAACGCAUGACCUAGACACAAUUCAAGCUCCAUUGAGGUACGACGCCUUACCUCCUAACCAGAUUAAAUUUAUUCCUCUGAAUCAGACAAAAGAAUAUACAGGCGAUCAACUUUUGGAUCUUUAUAGCAAGGAUUCUCACCUUCGUUUUUAUUUACCAAUCAUUCAAGAUUCCCCGGUGUUUCCCGUCGUUAUGGAUGCAAAUGGUGUUGUUUGUUCUAUGCCGCCGAUUAUCAACUCACAACAUACGAAGAUUACGUUGAAUACAAAGAACGUGUUUAUUGACAUAACGGCAUUAGAUGAACAUAAAGCUUCCAUCGUACUCGACACACUUGUCACAAUGUUCUCUGAGUAUUGUGACGACCAGUACAAAAUUGAACAAGUUAACUGCAUUCGACCUGACGGUUCAAGUUCCCUAUAUCCUAAACUGCCAUAUCGGGAGUUACUGUUAUGCCCUCAGCGUGUUAACCGAAUGCUAGGAACGAAAUUAGAAACGAAGCAAAUUGCGGAUUUGUUAUCGACCAUGUCUUUACAAACCAAGGUUACCAAAAAGAAAGGCAACUUAAGAGUAACUAUUCCUCCGACUCGUCAUGACAUAAUUCAUCCUGUCGAUCUGAUUGAGGAUGUUGGUAUAGCAUAUGGGUACAACAACAUCGAACGACGAAUGCCCCCUACAUCAACUAUAGCCGGACAGCUUCCUGUCAAUAAAUUAUCCGAUCAGUUACGAGAAAAUCUCGCUCAGAGUGGGUACACAGAAGCAUUAACAUUUUCACUUUGUGCCCGUGACGACAUUUCUGUUAAGAUUUUGCAUCCUGUUGGGUGUACGGAGGCGGUUCACGUUUCUAAUCCGAAGACCUAUGAAUUCCAGGUUGUCCGUACACAGUUGUUACCUGGUCUACUGAAAACACUGAACUGCAAUAAGAAGCUGCCUUUGCCACUUCGGUUAUUUGAAAUAUCCGAUGUCGUCAAAAAGUCUACGGAAGCUGAUGUGGGAGCUAAGAAUCAGCGCAACCUUUGUGCUGUCAACUAUGGCAAAACGUCUGGAUUUGAACUAAUACAUGGUCUCCUCGAUAGGAUUAUGUGCCUGUUAAGUGUGCCACAUGUGUCGCAACAGACUAAACGAAAAAUGAUCUACGAAAUUAAACCUGCCAACGACAGCAUGUUCCUUCCGGGUCGUUGUGCCCAGGUCUUUGUCAACGGCGAAUCGGUGGGCUUCUUGGGCGUUCUGCACCCGAUUGUGCUGGCUAACUUUGACUUGGCGUUGCCCGUUGCUGCACUAGAAAUUUCCAUUGAAACUUUCGUUUAGAAUGAUUGCUCUUCAUCUGAAUAUUCAUGGUAGAUGUUAGGUAGGCCAACCAUGUGUAGUAGCCAAAUAUGUUUUGCAGAAUAUUACGCGGGUUGUAGGGCGUUCGAUUAAGUGAGCAUCGGUAAUAAUGAAUAUUGUGCAUAGGGUCUGGGGUUAACUUAUAUGUAAUGUUAAUGAUUGCACAGAAUUUGUGAUGUGCCUCAGUGCUCGAACAAAUAAAAAGCGGAGUGCCUGGCAUUUUGUCCCUGA